AUGUCCUCCGUCACGUGCCGGGUCCAGUUCCUGGAGGACUCGGACCCGUUUGUCUGUACGAACUAUCCCGAACCGCGCAGACCUCCGACCGUGGACCUGGAGGAGAACCUGCCUCUGAGCGAGCAGAUCCCGGGGAUCCACAAGCUGCUGCAGGCGCCGCAUAGGCUGGAGGACUGCACCCUCCAGGUGAGUCCUGGCGGACACUACCUGGACCUGGACUUGUCUCUGGGCGAGCAGCGGGACGAGCUGGAGAGCUUCUACGACGACGUGGCGAAUGGGAAGAAGCCGCUUCUGAUCCUGAGGACCCAGCUCUCCGUGCGCGUCCACUGCAUCCUGGAGAAACUCUACAACUCCCACGGUCCGGACCUGCGAAGGGCUCUGUUCUCCCUCAAACAGCUCUUCCAGGAUGACAAAGACCUGGUUCCUGAGUUCGUCGCCUCUGAAGGCCUGACUUGCUUCAUCAAAGUCGGAGCAGAAGCCGACCACAACUACCAGAACUACAUCCUGAGAGCCCUCAGCCAGAUCAUGCUGUUUGUGGACGGCAUGCAUGGAGUGAUCAGCCACAACGAGACGGUGCAGUGGCUCUACACGCUGACAGGAAGUCUGUCACGCCUGGUGGUGAAGACGGCUUUGAAACUUCUCAUCGUGUUUGUGGAGUAUUCAGAGUCCAACAGCUCUCUGCUCAUCCAGGCCAUCAAUAAAGUCGACAGACAGAGAGAAGCAAAGCCUUGGAGUUUUCUCAUGGAUAUCCUCCACGACAAAACUGGAGCCGACGCAGAGCUGCUUAUGUUGACCAUGACCCUCAUUAACAAGGCCCUGGCCGUGCUCCCAGACCAGGACUCCUUCUAUGACGUGACGGACUGCCUGGAGCAGCUGGGGAUGGAGACAGUCAUCCAGAAACACCUGAACAGACUGGGAACAGAGCCGGACCUGCGCGCACAGUUCACCACAUAUGAGACUGCUCUGCGACAUGAAGACGGCGAUGUCGAAGACACCUCGUCCCUUCUACAAAAAAAGAAGAGGAAGGCCGCCACCGGUGAUCAGGAGGGCCGCAGGAGCCGCCGCUGCAGUCAGAACACGCCAGACCUGCUGUCCCCAGUUAGCCCCUUCACUCCCCUGUCCCCACCCACCCCUUCAUCCGUCACAGUCUCCUCACCCAGCUUAACGUUGGGGCCUGAAAACCGGGCCUUAUCACCGCUGACCUCUGACCCUGGCAACUACCCCUCUAGUCCAUGUGGAUCCAGGACCAGCUCACCCCUGCCCCCCCAGACCAACGGCAGUGUCACUUCAGAGCAGGGGAAGAAGUCCUCGAGUCACUCUUUUCUUCGUCAUCACAUGUCUAUUCUGGGGUUGAAGAGGAAGUCAAGACUGUUCUCCAAAUCCAGCUCCGUCUCUGAGGAGCCUUCCACAAACCUCAGCUCGACCUCCCCUGACCUCACACUCCUGGAAAAGACUCCGUCUCAGCCGAACAGCGAUCAAACCAGGACGGAGGCCAAAAGCCCUUCAAACCUGGAGGCUGAUGACAUCUUUUGCCUGGACAACAGUAAUGUCAUUUCGGACAAGCCGGUUCUGAAGAACUACCCAAGCGGUUUCCUGAUGGGCUUGGACUCGAACUUGAAAAACACAAACAAACUGAAAAGGGGAAAACCUAUGCCUCCAAGCACAUUCCAACAGCUGUUGUCUAACGAAGCCACACCUUCCAUCGUUGAGCCGGAGGCGGAGUCAAGUGACGUCCAGGUGUCUGAGGAGCCACACGAUCAAGCAUCCACCAUUAAAGACAGACAUGGAGAAACCGAGUCCCACGACGACCCAGGCGAGAUGGACCGAACCUCAGGUACGAGAACAGAAGAGGCAGGUGUGCAGCGACAGUGCAGCAUGCUGUCUGACCAAGACAAGUUUGUCCUGGACAUGCUUUUCUCCAAAAACCCUGCAGAAGUGCCUCUGAGCCAGGCAGCGUCGGAGCCCAGUAGCACAGAGGAGAAGAGCACCACGUCUGAGGAAAAUCUAGGCGGUACCGUGUCUUCACGUCUGUCGGACUUGAGAGCGCAAUCAGUGGAGGCCGCUUCCCCAAAUGAGGGCAGCAGCUCCAUCAAAAAGAGGCUGGAAAGCUCAGGAGGCUCCGCCCAGGUGGCCCCGGCGCGGCUGGAGGAACAGCAGAAGCGAAUCCUGCGGCAGCAGAGCAGCAUCGACAUGGACGCGCACGCCAAACGACUGGAGAAGACCCGGAUGACGCCGCUGGGGGCCAAAGCGUCCGUUGACGCCUGGGACCAGCUGCAGCCCAGCGACCUGCGCAUCAAAGACCUGGACUUCUCCGACCUGCUGGACGAGGAGGACAUCGACGUCCUGGACAUGGACACCUUUGACUCCUCCCACUCCGGCGGCCCGCCCCCUCCACCCCCUCUUCUAGGAAGCAUGGCUCCUCCCCCACCUCCUCCACCCCCUCUUCUAGGAAGCAUGGCUCCUCCCCCACCUCCUCCACCCCCACUUGGAGGUGGAAUCGCUCCUCCCCCACCACCUCCACCCCCACCUGGAGGUAGAGUCCCACCUCCUCCACCCCUUCUGGGUGCAGCCCGCCCUCUGUCCUCCGCCCCCCAGCAGAAGAAGAAGACGGUGAAGCUGUUCUGGCGGGAGCUGAAGCAGGCGGACCGGCCGCAGAAGUGCCACUUCGGCCGGGGGACGGUGUGGGCCUCGCUGGAUAAGGUGGAGGUGGACACCGCCCGUCUUGAACAGCUGUUUGAGUCCAAAGCCAAGGAACUGUGUGUUACCAAGAAAGGACCGGAGACCAAAAAGGCAGUGAUUCUGGUUCUGGACCCAAAGAGGAGCAACGCCAUCAACAUCGGGAUGACAGUCCUGCCCGCCAUCCAUGUCAUCAAGAGCGCCAUCCUGAGCUUUGACGAGUUCGCCAUCAGCAAGGAGGGGAUCGAGAAGAUCCUGACCAUGGUCCCCACAGAGGAGGAGAAGCAGAAGAUCCAGGAAGCUCAGCUGGCCGACCCAGACGUCCCUCUGGGCUCGGCGGAGCAGUUCCUCCUGAGCCUGGCCUCCAUCAGCGCCCUGACAGCCCGCCUGCAGCUCUGGUCCUUCAAACUCAACUACGAAGCUCUGGAAAAGGAGAUCGCAGAGCCGCUGUUUGACCUGAAGCUGGGCAUGGAGCAGCUGGCGUCCAAUCGGACCUUCAGGAGGAUCCUGGCAACGCUGCUCGCCAUCGGAAACUUCCUCAACAGCACCAGCGUGAAAGGAUUUGAACUCAGUUACCUGGAGAAGGUAGCAGAGGUGAAAGACACCGUCCACCGUCAGUCUUUGCUCUACCACACCUGCAAACUGGUGGUGGAUAAAUACCCAGAAUCCUCUGACGUUUACUCGGAGAUCGCCGCCAUCAGCCGCUCUGCCAAAGUGGACUUCGAGCUGCUGUCGGAGAACCUGGUUCAGCUGGAAAGACGCUGCAAAGCAUCAUGGGACAACCUGAAGGUGGUGGCCAAGCAUGAAACCAAAGUGGCUCUGAAGACCAAGAUGACAGAGUUCCUGAAGGACUGCACUCAGAGGAUCAUCAUCCUGAAGGUGGUCCACAGGAGGGUCAUCAACAGGUUCCACUCCUUCCUGCUGUUCCUGGGUCAGCCGUCCUCCUCCGUGAGGGACAUCAAGGUGACCGCUUUCUGCCGCAUCAUCAGCGAGUUCGCUCUGGAGUACCGCACCAGCCGGGAGCGAGUGCUCACCCUCAAACGGAAACGAACCACGGUCCGGGAGCGGCGCAAGACCCGAGGGAAGAUGAUCACGGAGAUGGAGAAGUUUUCGGCGGCUGUGCCUGAUGCGGACACCCCCUCCCCCGUUUCCAUGGCAGCAGAGGCAGAAGCCGAGCAGGAGGAGGAGCACGAGAACAUGAAGAACCUGCUGAUCAGCAGCCCCCCCGGCCUGUCGGCGGAUCACCGAGGCCUGAGGCGCUCCAGAGCCGUCAAAAGUUACGGCAGGAGUAGCCCGUCUGUGAUGUCUGCUGCCAGGGACGAUGGGAGCAACUUUCAGGAUGACGCCACUGAUGACAUCAUGAACCGCCUGGUCAAGUCUGUGAGCCAGAAUCCUUCGCAGCGAACGUCCAACCCCAGAACCCGCAAGCGGUCCAACCUCAACAGAAAGUCCAUAAGGAGGACUCUGUGGAGCGGCCUCGGCGUGGACGCCGCCCAGAUCCAGGAGCUCAGCAGCAAGCCUGGAGAAACCGUCUGACCUGGACCUGAACCAGGACUGAGACAGAACCGCUACACAGGCACACACACGGGUUCUGCCCACAGCUGGACGGGAACUCUGAGGGUCAGAAGGACUUUUUUAGAGGAGCUUUGAUUGUUUCUGUGUUUGGAGCGGUUUUUAAAGCUCCGAGGUUUGGUUACGUCACGCUCCAGGCUCCCGCCGCCUUUCACGCCUCUUCACAUGUUAACCGGCUCAGAGCUUCGUCAUGGGAUCCGUAGGUUCCUCUGACUUGACCUUCACAAAGGUCACCGGCCUCCAUCUUUCCUUUUUCUGGAAAAGCCGGACAGAAGAAAAGAAAAUCGUGUUUUUUCAUCUAGGUUUUGGUUUCACUUUGUGUUUAAAGAUGAAAGUCUUCACAGAACUUUAGUCACAACAAAUAGUGUUGCAUAAAUCCUGUAACGACCACAGGGGGCGCCGUGGAGCACAGAGGCACCAAAGGAUGGACGUUCCUCGCUCACGCUUCGUUUUCACGCACAAAAUGGACAUUUCUACAGAAAAUACGAUUGGUUUGACAGGAAACCGUUACAGUUCAGCAAACGGACAUGAGUCGGCACUUUUACUGUGUGUAUGUCUGUGCAUGUGUUUGUGCAUGCUUGUGUGUGUGCACGUGUGUGCGUGUGUCUGUGCAUGUGUGUGUGUGUGUGUGCGUGUGUGUCUGUGCAU